CCAAUCUUUCCCAGAACAGGAACAGAACAGUCGUCCGAAAGCCCCUAGAAAACCUUGUUCGAAACCAAUUAUCCGGUACUUUUUCUCUUCUUGUGCUCACAGAAAUGGUUGAUGUAGCCGACAAGUUGGCGUAUUUCCAAGCGAUCACGGGCUUAGAAGAUCCCGAUUUGUGCACCGAUAUCCUCGCCGCCCAUGGCUGGGACCUAGAGCUCGCGAUCUCCUCCUUCACAUCCAACAACGCCGACCCGCCGCCUGAGGAACCAAUCGCCGGUACAUCCUCCACCGCCGACACUGUUUCCGCCAUACAACCCCGUGAAGCUUCUUCGCAGAGACCGGAAUCGGUUCCUAAUGCUGUUGGACCUCCAGGAUUGGCGUGGAAGUUGGUGACUUUGCCGAUUUCGAUUAUAUCCGGUAGUCUAGGGUUAGUCUCCGGCGCGAUUGGUCUCGGAUUAUGGGCUGCUGGAGGUGUACUAUCGUACUCGCUGGGAAUGAUCGGGUUGAAUUCUGGCUCGGGACGGGGAGGGGAAUCGUCCGAGCGGUUGGUGCCGGUGUCGGCGGCAGCGUCGGAGGCGAUGGAAUUCGUUGCGGGAUUCGAGAGGGAUUAUGGUGGGAGGACGAGGCCGAAUUUCGUGAGCGAAGGGUUUAUGGACGCGUUGCAGAGGUCGAGGAACGAGUUUAAGCUGCUGUUCGUUUACUUGCACUCGCCGGAUCAUCCAGACACGCCUCUGUUCUGCGAGAGGACGCUGUGCUCGGAGGUCUUGGCGGCGUUCGUGAACGAGAAUUUCGUGGCUUGGGGAGGGAGUAUUCGGGCCAGCGAAGGGUUCAAGAUGAGUAAUAGCUUAAAGGCCUCGCGGUAUCCUUUCUGUGCUGUGGUUAUGGCCGCCACGAAUCAGAGAAUAGCGCUGCUUCAGCAGGUCGAGGGACCAACAACUCUCGAAGAAUUGCUCACAAUAUUGCAAAGAGUGCUUGAAGAAAGUGCUCCAGUUCUUGUUUCAGCAAGGCUGGAUGCAGAAGAAAGGAGAAAUAACACGCGUUUAAGAGAGGAGCAAGAUGCUGCCUAUAGAGCAGCACUUGAAGCUGAUCAAGCUAGGGAACGCCAGAGAAAGGAGGAACAAGAACGCCUGGAGAGAGAAGCUGCCGAAGCUGAGAGGAAGCGCAAGGAGGAAGAGGAGGCUCGUGAAAGAGCAGAACGUGAAGCCGCGGAGAAAGAGGCUGCACUUGCCAGGAUACGACAAGAAAAGGCCUUAUCACUUGGCGAUGAACCGGAAAAAGGCCCUAAUGUUACACAAGUUUUGGUGCGGUUCCCUACUGGAGCACGCAAGGAAAGACGAUUCCACAGCACUGCAACCAUCCAAACUGUCUACGACUAUGUCGAUUCUCUGGGUUGUCUAGAUGUGGAGAGUUACAGCCUCGUCUCAAACUUUCCUCGGGUAGUUUAUGGAUCGGAGAAGCUUUUGUUAUCUUUGAAAGAAGCAGGAUUGCAUCCUCAGGCCAGCCUUUUUGUGGAGCUCAACUCUUAAGGGCUUAUAUAGUAACGUGAUAAAACAUUAGCUGAUUGAGGUCAUCCCAUUCCCCCAAGUAGAAUACUUCUUUUGCUUCUUCUUCCCUAUUAAACUUACUUGAUUGGGAGAAGUAUACAAUGAGGUCAUAUAGUUCCCUCUUAUCAUUAGGUGGAAUGUCUAGUUUUUUAUUUGUGCAAAUUCUUUUAGACAAUUGGUUUCGACAGUAGAAAUGGUAAUUCAAAUAAUGAUGCUGGUUCCAAACGUGUUAUUCUGUGGAGCUUUCGUUGCUCUUUUUUGUUCAAUGGUAAGUAUCGUCCAUCACGUCAAAA